AUGGGUAGUGCAGCAUCAAAAAGUCGAACUCGAGGUGUUCGUGAUUGGCUUGUACAAACAUUAGAUGAACAUGAAAGUGCUAUCAAUUAUAUGAUAUUAAGUAAUGAUGGUAGUGUUCUUGCUACAGGUUCUGAUGAUCAUAAUAUUCGUUUAUGGAGCGCUAAAACAACACCAGUUGAAUGUCUUAGUGUAUUAAUUGGUCAUGUUGAUUAUAUUACAUGUAUUCUUAUUGAUGAAAAUUUUUUAGUUAGUGCUAGUGCUGAUCGUACAAUGAGAAAAUGGGAUAUGACAAAUGGUGAAUGUGUAUUUAUCUAUUCAGGUCAUACAUCACUUAUAAAUCGAAUUGUUUGUACGGGAGAUUUUCUCUUUUCAACAUCAUAUGAUCGUACAGCUCGAUGUUGGGAUUUUGAUACUGGUGCAUGUGUACGUGUAUUUCGUGGUCAUAAACAUGGAAUAUUACCAAUAUUAUUUAUUCCAGCUGAACAUAAUGGUGAUGGUGAUGACGAUUUUGAAGAAGAUAUGGAUAUCUAUACAAAAGAUUUAAUUAUAACUGGUUCACAAGAUACAACAGCUAAAACAUGGUCAUUUGAAAGUGGUGAAUGUUUAAAAACAUUUCGUGGUCAUACGGGAGCAAUACUUUGUUUAGCAACUGAUCAACUUGGUAAAAUUUUAUUUACAGGAUCAGGUGAUAAUACAAUUCGUGCAUGGGAUAUUUAUCGUGGAACAGAAUUACAUAUUUAUGAUCAACAUCAAGCAGCAAUUAUAAAUCUUCUUUGCAUAAAUAAAUUACUUUUUUCUAUAAGUGCUGAUCAUACAGCACGUUGUUGGGUUGUUGAUGUUGGUGAUUGUACAAGAAUUUAUAAAGGACAUAGACAUACUGUUUCGUGUAUUCAAGUUUAUAAUGGUUUUCUUUUUACUGGUUGUGGUGAUGCAAUAGUACGAUGUUUUGAUGCACGUUCUGGUGUUUUAAAACGUAUGUUUAAAUCACAUACACUUGCUGUUAAUUGUUUACAGAUUGUUGAUGAAAGAUUAUUUAGUGGUUCUGUUGAUGGUACAUUAAAAGUUUGGGAUAUAAGUGAUCUUAAAGGACAUAUUGUGCCAGAUGCGAAAUUAGUAGCUAGUCAAUUUAAAACGACAAGUGGUGAACAAAUUAGUGUAGAAAAUCGAUCAGAUGUUGAUUCUGGUAUUGACGAUCGUGAAUAUCGCGAUCGACGUGCACAAAAUAUGGUUUGA